AUGGCGUUCGAAGACCGCUGCAGUCCGAGCCAAGCGAACAGCCCUGGCCCAGUCACGGGACGCGUUCCAGCGCUUCACAUGAAUCAAAUGCAAUACCAAAAUCAAUACACCUGCACCACGAUAGACAGAUUCGACAGGACGAUCAAAGUGUCGAGUUCGCCCCCGCCGAGCCCAGACAACCAAAUGGAGUACUAUUACAGGCCAGAAACGCCAGACGUAAAACCGAUAAUUCCAGAAAGAUUCGAGCCGGACAAACGAACGCAGCCGACGGCGCCGAUCGCGUUUUCAAUUUCCAAUAUCCUACAUCCGGAGUUCGGUUUGAAUGCGAUACGCAAGACGAAUAAAAUAGAGGGACCCAAGGCCGCGGGGCCCAACCACUCCAUAUUGUACAAGCCAUACGAAGCUAGUUCGAAAUUCGAUUUUUUGAAAUCGCACGACGAUUUCGGCGGGCUGCCACCGCUUGGCGGGUUGCGUCAAACGGUGUCAAACAUUGGGGAACAGAUAAAAGAAAGGGAGUUACCAAAAAGUUUGGAGCAAAGGAGGCCGGAUUCCGCGAGUUCGAUUGUUUCAUCGACAUCCAGUGGUGCGUCCACACACAGCACAGACACGAACAGUCAAUCUUCGUCCGGAAACACACAAUUAUGGCCAGCCUGGGUUUAUUGCACGAGAUACAGCGACAGGCCCAGCUCUGGUCCCAGAAGUAGAAGAAUGAAAAAGAAAAUGACCGCAGAAGAGAAGAGACCGAGAACAGCAUUCAGUGCAGCGCAACUGGCUCGAUUAAAGCACGAGUUCGCGGAGAACCGCUACCUGACGGAGCGGCGGCGGCAGGCGCUGGCCGCCGAGCUGGGGCUCGCGGAGGCGCAGAUCAAGAUCUGGUUCCAGAACAAACGCGCCAAGAUCAAGAAGGCGUCCGGCCAGCGCAACCCGCUCGCGCUGCAGCUCAUGGCGCAGGGGCUCUACAACCACAGCACCGUCACCGAAAGUGAAGAUGAAGAGAUCAGUGUCACGUAGUGUGUAUGGGGUAGGG